GAUGGAGACGUUUUGCGUCAUGUGACUAGAAAAGGUUUUCAACGCCACGAGUGGGAAACCCUACCAACUAUUUAAAGAAGGCGGCUGUUUAAUUAAAACAUUUUUCCCUUUCAUAUUUAGUCUUGUUAAAGGGACAAAAAAUGUGUACUUGUAGGAUUAUUGUUAGAUAUGUUCUGCUGUCACGAGGAAGCUAGUACAGCUGCAUAAUCAAUGAGUGAUGUUUAUGGAAACCAUGUGGAAAAGAUCGCUGUGUGUUGGCUACAGACCCUGUUUGGCAAGCGGAAGCAGAUCAAAGGGGAUUUGGAGCUUCCAUGACAUACGCUCAUGCAGCUCUCCAGCCUUACCUGCUGGCCGGAUCACGGCACUUGAGGCGGUGGACUUUUGGAAGAGGCACUUUGAAAAGAGAGGUGUGACAGAGCCUGAGCAAUCAAGCCAGCACAUCAUUGCUCAUCUCCUCGGAGCUAAAACAAUACAGAGUCUUGAGCAGGGGAGGUUAACAGAGUUUCUCAGCCCAGAAAAAACCGAACAGGUGUGGCAGCUCUGCACCAGACGUCUCUCUAGAAUGCCAGUGCAGUAUGUCAUUGAGGAGUGGGACUUCAGAGACCUGACGCUGAAGAUGAGGCCACCUGUUUUCAUACCAAGACCUGAAACUGAGGAGUUGGUUGAACUGGUGCUUACAGAUUUCCAGAGAAACCCUGGGAUGGGAUUAAGUGCAUCAUCUCAGCAGACAUGCUUGGAAGUGGGAUGUGGUUCUGGUGCAAUUUCUCUUAGUCUGCUGAAGAGUCUGCCUCAGCUUAAAGCAUUUGCCUUGGAUCAAAGUCAGGAUGCAGUGGAUUUAACCAGAGAAAAUGCACUGAGGUUGGGGCUUCAGGACAGAUUACAGACUUAUCAUAUCGAUGUGAUGAAAGAUGCAGAAACAGUGUUGAGAUUUUUUAGCAACACUUCAGCUUUGGUCAGUAACCCUCCAUACCUGUUUUCAGAGGAUAUGGCAUCACUGGAACCGGAGAUAUUUAGGUUUGAGGACCAUUCUGCUUUAGAUGGAGGAGAAGACGGCCUAAAUGUGGUCAAGAAAAUUUUAACUCUGGCACCCCACGUUCUGUCAAAUCAUGGUCGUGUUUACUUGGAAGUGGACCCCAGACACCCCCCGCUUAUUCGAGACUGGGUGGAGGUGAAUGUGGAAGAGCUGCAGUAUGUGGAAACACGAAAUGACAUCAACGGCAGGCCUCGAUUCAGCAUCCUACAGAAAGAGAAGUCAAACAAGGACCACGAGCUGGAUCAGGAUUGAGAAACUAAGAUCCUAUUACAUUGGCUUUAGCUCAACUUGCUACAGUCUCAGCCCAUGUUACCCCCAUCAAGCCACUGAGCAGGCGCUUGCACUGAUUUAAUUUCCUCAAAAUUCUCUAAAUCAUUUUCACGUCCCUGUAUCAUUUUUAAUCUGGUAACAGUUGUGAUCACACCCUGCCUCACAAUAAAAAUAUGCACACGAUGCCACAAAAGCAGGUUCAAAGCUGAAGGUAAUUACUGAAGCUUUUCUUAGAACCCUCCCUCUCAGAAUCCUCCCCCACCCCUCCUCCCUGGAAGCAUUCAGUAGUUCUGUGAAUCCACUGAUGAACGGUCCUCCCCUUCGCUUGUCCACUCGCUGACUCAGAUACAGACAGUGUGUAUUGUUGAGCAAAAAAACACAUAAUGUGGCAUUUACUUCCUCACACGAUCUACUUCUCUGACAUACUUAAAGCUCAAAGGCCACCAAGUCUUUGUGUUUCAAAGUUAGAUUAUGGUGAAAAUAUUUCGUAAAAAGUGUCAGUGUCAUCAUGUGAU